AUGACACUAAAGCCAUCCUUGAUGCAAUUGGAAGCUUUCUUCAGACCUGCAAAAAAUUUAAUAUGUGAAAGAUAUAUAUUUGGCAGCUGCAAGCAAGAAGAAUGUGAAUCAAUAGACAACUUUGUCACAAGGCUGAGAGAAAAAGCUGCAAGCUGUGAGUAUGGCUCCUUGAGAGAUGAACUUAUUCGUCACAAAAUAGUUCUAGAUAUUAAUACGGAGAGUACCUGCCGCCGUCUAUUGAGGGAACAGGAUUUAAACCUACAUGCAGCAAUUGAGAAAUGUUGCACUGCAGAACUUACUGACAAACAUAUGAGAGCUAUGGAGCAGGAUAAACAGACUGACAGCAUCCAUGAAGCCUUCAAGCAACAGAUAAGCUUGAAGAACCACCAGCACAAGGAUCAACACCAAAGCACCUCACCUGUGAGCAAGCCGACAUCAUGUAAGUACGGUGGCAGUAUACAUGUUAGAGAGAAAGAACAGUGUCUGCAUAUGGGAAAACCUGUAGAUCAUGUGGGAGGGAGUAUGUCUGUCAAGAUGAAAGGAAGCCAGGAAGCUAAACCCAAUUGA